CAGAGAUCUGUGAUGACGCAAUGGUCCCACAACAUCCAUAACCAAGAUGGCGGAGGAAGUUGAGUGUGGAUCAUCCAUUCAGGAGACAGCACAAUGUUUCCAUCGGCCUCAGCACUCCAAAUUCCUGCUGGCCAACAUGAACGAGCUCCGAUCCCGUCCGCACAUGUGCGACGUAACUCUCAUGGUGGGCGGGAAGGAGUUUUACCUGCAGAAGAUCGUGCUGUCGGCUGCAAGCACCUACUUCAGGGCCUUAUUUGAUUACAGCAAGGGGCAGGGACAAGUUGGGGACAAGCCAUUACAGAUCGAGGCAGAGAGCCUCACGGCAUCUGUUUUUGAACAAAUUGUGGAGUACAUCUACACGGGGAAGAUUGAUAUCAGUGAAGACAACGUCCAAGACAUUCUCCAAGCCGCAGACAUUCUCCUCAUGACAGAUCUGAAGGAACUGUGCUGUGAGUUCCUGGAGCAGGUCAUCAGUCCAGAGAACUGUCUGGGGAUCCGCAACUUUGCCGAACUCUUCAACUGUCCCGAGAUCCAAUUUUUCGCCACCGAGUACAUGGAGAUGUCCUUUCACCAGGUCAUGUUCACGGAGGAGUUUCUGGAGCUGACGUUCGAGCAGCUGCUGGAGAUCCUGGAGCAUGACAAACUGAACGUACGCAACGAGCAGGACAUCGUGGAGUGCGUGCUGAAAUGGCUGGAACACAAGCCGGAGAGCCGGCAGGAGCACCUGCAGCAGCUGCUGUCCAGCCUGUGGUUGGAGACGUUAGAGGCACGCUACAUCGAGGAGAGGAUUGCCAAGCACGAGCUGGUGAUAGACAUUGGUCCGGUACAGACCAUGUUACUGGAACACAUGCAGCCCAAAUCUGAGGAGCAAAGCUGGAACUCCACACGACCUAGAGGAUACAUGGACGUCAUCGUUGCUAUCGGGGGAGAAAGUCGCAGGAAUAAGGACAAGGUUCUGGACACGGUGCGGUGUGUGCGCCCACGGCAGAGACAACACCUGUCUGUGUGGAUAGACCUUGCUCCUCUCCUCACAGCCAGGAAGGACCAUGCUGUCUGUGCAGCCGGUGGCUACAUCUUUGUGUAUGGAGGGAUAGCCCAGGAUGGUCAGGUGCUGUCCAGUGGGGAGAGGUAUGACCCAGGGAGGAACGAGUGGAAGGAGGUUGCGCCCAUGCUGGAGGCCAGACACUCCUUCGGCCUGGUGGCGAUCGGCUGCACGCUAUACGCCGUGGGAGGCGAGGGAGACUUUGGCCAGGUCCUCGACACCAUGGAGCAUUACGACAUCUUCUUAGACCAAUGGAUACCUGACGUGAACAUGACCGCACCUCGCAAACUGGCCUGUUAUGCCACAUGUAACAAGAAGAUCUAUGCUAUUGGUGGUGGGAGAGUAGGGAAGCUCUAUGAGUCUGUGGAAUGCUACAGCCCCAAAACUCAGCUCUGGAGCUCAGUCAGUCCCCUGGAGGAGCGCCGCUUCCACGCCUGUGCUACCGGAACCCUCGGGAACGAGCUGUACGUCGUCGGGGGGUUCCGGAAGCUGGAGUGUCCCAGCUCCGUACACCAGGAGAUCAAGUUCUGCGGAGGAGAGGUGUACAGCGAGGCUGCGGGGAGGUGGUUCAAGGUUAGCACCAACACCAUGUGCACCAUGACAGGGUCAUCCAUAGUCAACUCUGCCAUUACCAUAGGCAGCAGCGUGUAUGUGGUGGGAGACUUGGAUGUGGGUCAUCAGUACAACAGUGUCCGUGAGUUCCGUAUCCCCACGCAGACGUGGCACUGUGUGAUGCGAGACUUCCCCACCGACCAGAAGAACAUGAACUGCUGCACCAUCCGCAUGCCCAGCUGCUUCCUGUUCCGCGCAGAGCUGGAGAAACGCAAGGCCGCCAUUGAAGCACGCGCUCGACAGCUCUACACGCACGCCGCCGCGCAGCAGUCCCCGGAGCGAUACGGGUCCGGGGGGAUGACGGGAGCGAUGGGCGCCAUGGCACGAGGGGAGGACGGGGAGGGAGGGCAAGGCGGGGAGGGAGGGCAACAGUAACUCUUCCCUGUUCAUCAAAGCCUCAGAACAACUACAACAACUGCAUCCACACUCUUUACAAAGCCAUGGUGAACAACUACCUGUAGAUAUAUAGAGGAACGCUAUGUAUAUUGUAGUUGUGUAGAAAGAUAAGUGCUCUAUUUUGUUGCGAGGAAACUGCUUGCAUCAUCAGUAUGGUGAAGGAAAAGUCCAUUGAUCUUCUCCCUACUGAUGUAGCCUUUUUGCACCAAAUUGUAUUACAGAGUUAGGCAGCAGGGAGAAGGAGCAAGUCUGAACAAAACAAAAGAGUUAGUCUCAUUUUUCCAAGUGGGUGGUUAUGGUGGGGCCAACAGUGAGUUGAGAUUUAUAUAUGUAUAUGUACUAGUAUUCAUAUGUAAGAUUUAAUGUGAAAUGUAUGUGUACAUGGUAUACAUAAAACUGUAAUGUGGUAUCACUGACUUGGUGAUAGAGUAUUAGUAAUCUGACUUACCCAAGGAAGCGAUGUUCUAUCAUUGAAGAACUCAUACUUUUAAGAUCUGUAAUGGUUCUUAGAUGUUAUAUAUAAAUACUUGUACCAACAAUGCGACCAUUUUUAAAAUGGCAGAGUUUUUUUAGCUCAGAUGUGUAGCAAAUGUGUGCCUUGUGUCUUGUACAAAAUUUUAUUAGGUUGAGUUUUUUUAUGACUUUUAUUUCUUACGAAGGUAGAAAAUAUAUUUAUUACUAAUGGGUGGGUACUAAUGUGUACGUAACUUGUAUGCAAGUGAGCAAUAGAUAAUGUCUCCAUGUAUUGUGUUCAGAAAAUAAGCCCUAAGUCUUAUGUAUGUGUCUUGAGAAAUGUGCAUGUAUAUCUGGGUGUAUGUUUACACACACAAUUGUGUAUUAAAGCCCACGGUAUAUUUUGAUACAAAAUAUAUCAAGCAACUACCGGGUAGAUGAAUUCUAUAAAGAGAUAUGCUUCAGAUAGGAUCCACAAUCUUACAAAAGUUACAUCAGUGACCGAGAAUGACCUCUUUGAUGAAAGAUAGUGGAUGCUAUCAAGAAAUGUCUGACUCUUUGAGAAUUUAUCCAGUCGCUUGAUUAACUUCAAAUAAGGAAAGUUGUACCUGGAUGUUUAACCUUCAUCACCAUAUCAAGUAUUUGUAUGAGUAUGUGGUAGUGUGUUUGCUCCUGGUAACUCUUGGUGUCAUUAUGUAAGGAAGUACAGAAGUACAUGGGAUUUGUGCAAAAGCUAUUUUUGUUGCAUGGCAAUUUUUAGACUGUUACAGAUUUUGUUUUCAUCACUAUGAUAUACUGUAUUUUUUUAAAGCUUGUCAUAUGUAAAGUGCUACAUGUGUAGCACAUAUAUUAGUUGUUUCUUGGAUUUAGUCCAGAAAUGGUUAAGAUGUUAAAAGAUUUGAAAGUGUGAAAAAACAUAGAGUUUUAAAACUUAGAACUCUUGAAGAACACAUUUCAUUAUCUGUAACAGAUACUAUGAUUAACGGGAUUUAAUUGGUGUGGUCUCACAAAUGUUAACUAUAUGAGGGAAUGUAGAUGCUGGUAUUAUGUAUGAAAUGUUCAGCAAUGUAACAUUUUAUUACAGGAAAAGAAAUGGACAACACUCACAUUGGUUGUCAGUGGAAGAUGU